AUGGAUCCACCCACCGGUACUAUCAUUUUCUCCUCCGUCGGCAGGCCCAAUUACGGCUUCGACGUUUUCUCCGUCACCCUGCCAUCCAAUUUCGACGACCCAUUUCCCGAGCACCGCCUAACCGACGGCCGAUCCAUCAAUUUUAAUGGCCAGUUCGUGGAUGAGGACGGGACCCUCGUUUUCAUCUCCGAGAGAACCGGAUCCGCCCGGAUCUUCUUAAACCGAGCGGGUGAAAGUAGCCCCGAACAACUCCAUACCCCGCCGGAAAGCCUCUUUCACGACCGUCCCGUCGUGAAAAACGGCCGGCUCUAUUUCAUUUCGGCUCACGAGCGGCCCGACGAGCCGUUCCGGAGCUGGUCGGCUCUCUACUCGACCAAGCUCUGCGAGGGGAAUGAGAAAGCCGCCGUGCGGCUGACGCCCUACGGCUCCGUUGAUUACAGCCCGGCCGUCUCACGCUCCGGGAAGCUUGUUGCUGUAGCUUCAUACGGGUCCCGGCCAUGGGGCGGCGAGUUCCGCCAUCUCGAAACGAAUAUAGUGGUUUUCCAAGAGUCAGAUCCUGCGAAGCGUGUUGUGGUGUGCGAGCGCGGAAGCUGGCCCACAUGGUCCGGAGACUCGUCUCUGUAUUUCCACCAGCUGGCGGACGAUGGUUGGUGGAGCAUUUACAGAGCAGACUUACCGAACAAUUUUGCAUCGACCAGCGCCUUGCAGGCACCCGUCCGCGUCACAACGCCGGGCAUCCAUUGUUUCACUCCCGCCGCAAUGCAUCAAGGCGGCAACAAGCUCGCCGUUGCCACAAGACGCAAGGGCAGCAAAUACCGCCACAUCGAGAUUUUCGACGUGGAUAGUCAGAAAUUCCAUCCGGUGACGGAGCGUAUAAACCCUAAUAUCCACCACUACAAUCCUUUCCUUUCACCCGAAUCCAAUUCCCUCGGCUACCAUCGGUUCAGAGGGGAAUCGGAGUCCACGAUCCCACAUCUUGAUCCGAUCACCAGUCCAACUCAAAAUCUCGACAUGUUUAGGCUUAACGGCUCUUUCCCGGCGUUCUCCCCUUCAGGAGACCUCAUCGCUUUCAAUCACGACUUGGCCGGCCUCAAGGUCGUGAAAUCCGACGGCUCCAUGAGGUGGACGCUUAUCGAGAACCGAACAUCCUUCUGCAAUUCAUGGAGCCCGGUUACCGACAAUGUCAUCUUCACAUCCAUCGGCCCCAUCUUCGAGUCCGUGGAUACAGCUGUGCAGAUCGCUCGUGUCACGUUCGACCGCAAACAUCAUCAUCUAUCCGGUAAUUGCCCUGUGGAAAUCAAAAUUCUCACGAAAGAAGGCACAGGUAACAAUGCCUUCCCAUCGUGCUCGCCGGAUGGGAAAUCCAUCGUGUUCCGUUCCGGACGGUCGGGCCACAAGAAUCUGUACAUAGUGGAUGCAGUUAAAGGCGAGAUGGAGGGGGAAAUCCGCCAGCUUACAGAAGGGCCGUGGAUAGACACAAUGCCGAGCUGGUCGCCUGAUGGGAACCUAAUUGCCUUCUCCUCCAACCGGCACAAUCAGGACAACACGGAUGCUUUCGGGAUAUAUUUGGUGAAGCCGGACGGCACGGGUGUGACGAGGGUCCAGGUGGCAGGAGUCGAGGAAGAGAGGGAGAGGUUGAACCACGUUUGCUUCAGUGAGGAUAGCGAAUGGCUGCUGUUCACCGCGAAUUUGGGGGGUGUGACGGCUGAGCCGGUGGGGUUGCCGAACCAGUUCCAGCCGUACGGGGAUUUGUACUUGGUGAGGUUGGAUGGGAGUGGUUUGAGGAGGCUGACGUGGAAUGGGUAUGAGAACGGGACGCCAGCAUGGCACCCGAGGCCAUUGUUUUCGGGUGAUGAGGUGAGUGAAGGUGUUUCACGUCUAUGCUUAAGGGAUGAGGAUAAGUUGACGGGCCAAUUUGAUGAGCCGCUGUGGUUACGAUGA